GAACUUAGGUUGUCCUUUACUAUCGACAUCAUGUGAUCUACUGAUAUUUCUUGAUAACAUUAGUUAUAUAUAUGUACACCAGUUGAUCUGAGGCAAGCAGAGUGAUACCUCUUAUGUAUAAUCUACGGUGUUACGAGACUUGUGUGACUUAAACGAGGACAUACUGUAUGUCUCAUGCGACAGAUCGCAUUGUAUUUAUCUGGUGCUGUUAGUAUGAGGAUAACAACAACAAAACAACAACAAUACCAAUAUCGAACUAUCAACAACAACGAAAAAACAACAGUAGCAGCAGCAACAACAAUAACAUGUAAAUACAGGCUAUAACAAUAUAUCUUAAGUGUUUAGCAUCGUGUACGUUUUUUCUAAGGUAAGGUGGAACUAUUUUACUGAUAACAUAUUAUACUUCCGUUUUAGUGAAAACAGUUUCUACUUUAAAUGUGACCAUGGCUACGUCAUAUGGAUAUGACGUAACAAGUCCGUUAACUAACAUUCCUUUAAGAAAUAUAUCGGAUAUUGUCGAGUUGGAGGAUUUGUCAAUGGCUGUGUUUAUCGUUACAUUUGUAGCGAGUGUGAUUUCUAUAAUCUCCGCCAUUGUUUUCGUGUGUGCUUUUACGAAAUAUAGGGACUGUAAUACUCAAAAUACACUGAUAAUUUGCCUCACUAUAGCUAACGGAUUAACAUGCGUCGGGAUUGUUAUGGGCGCAUUCCAUUACAAGAAGGACAUACCCUUUGGAAACAGUGGGACUUUCUGCUUGGUACAGAGUGUAAUUUGCACGUACUUUGACAUAGUGGCUGACAUUUAUACGCUAUAUGUGGAGGUAAACAUUUGCAGUCAACUUGCAUUUAACUAUAUCUUCAUGGAACGUCGGCUGGCUAAAAUAUUUUACCAUGCAUUAGCAUGGAGUAUCCCAUUGAUCAUAGUGGGUGUCGGCUGGUCAAGAAAUGCCUUAGGGGAGUCUGCUAGUCUGGACGGUUCCUGGUGUUGGAUCAGCGACUCCAUAUCAGACAGGGAGGAGUGGAUCUGGAUGGUUGUCACUAAACAAGGAUGGGAGAUGGUGGUCUAUUUAGGAACAUGUUUUAUGUUCAUUAUCAUUGGGUAUCAACGCUUCUGCAGAAAUACAAGACGUUUGCUUCCAAGUCAUUAUAAUGUGACAACAGAUGAAAUGUCCACUGCAAUAAACGUACCUGGUGAACGGACACAACUUAUGACCCGUUCAACUUCAUCUCAGAACAGAGGAUAUCCGACUUUGUCUGUCAACUCUGUCUUAGUCUGGGUAGGAAUGUACUUCUACUUUGCAAAAAUGUGGGGAACUAUCAGGUAUGGCGUACACAUUUACGAGUUGGCUUUUGAUGGAGACGUUUCAGGAUUUGGUCCUGCUGAAAAAUACUUUUUCAUCUUUGCACAAAGUCUCGGAGAUAGUCUUCAAGCCACCAUUACCUGUUGUGUUUUUGUGCUGAAGGAUGCGGAAUUGAGAAGGAAAGUGUGCUGUAGAAGGGCAAUAAGAAUUGAACAGUCUACACAUAAUCACCAAACGUGAUUUUAUUGUGUCAUGAUACUUUUUAAUUGUUCAGAUUACCUUUGAGUGUUUAAUAACUUUAUAUAUCACAACCAGUGUAACGUGAAUGUGUGACUUUUCAAUGACUAGUACGAUAUGUACCCUUUCACUUUUAUCUGACAAAUAAUGAGUGAAACGUUAAAUAUACAAAGAUGUGAAAUACAUACGAGUUUUGGCAAUGAAAUCACCAUCAAUUCUGCUACGCUACUGCUAAGGUUAUGAACACUUAUAGUUGUUAAACAUGUUCAAAUACCGAUCAAUGGACGAAUCGAUUUUACUACGCUUUGUUUAGAAUAUGGUCAUAAAUGUGCAAAAGUCUAUGAGCUCAUCUCGAUUAAGAAUUUGCCCGCUGCAGAUUAUCGAAAUGUCUCCCUUUAUAUGCCGGUUGAUAAGAUUGCUUUCUCGGUUAAUCACGUUGGAGUCACCCGAGGAAAUAGCAUUUAUCGGACACAGAAUAUUUACACCUGAAAGUGUUGCAAGCAAGUCUCUACAUUUUAGCGUUAACUCAUUGUGAUUUCUAUGUCUCGCUAAUUUAUGUUGUAUACUUUUUAGCUUACGCAAAUCUUUGACAUAAUCUUUUCGUACUAGUCCGUUUAUGUCGGAUAUUUCUAAAUAUUUUCAUUGGGUUGGUACAGUAGUAUUGAUGUUAAAGGGGUUCAUAUAGCACAACCAGUUAACGUUGUAUAAACAUUCACACGUGCCUGCAAUAUGAACCGCUAUACAAUCUAUUCAUAUCAACCUGAAGAACAUUUUCAGAAAAAGAUGUUUAAAUAACUGUUACAAAUAAAGGAAUUUACUCCCCUAUUCGUGGGUCAAGUGGACUCCGUGUUCUAUAAACGGAGUAGCGGAGCAGUGCCAAAUAGG